CUCGUGGUUUGUCACUGUUUUAAAAGCACGCAGUUCAUUCAAGGCUGCAAUAAGAAAACUCCAAUGAAAGUGCAGAGAGCAGAGGCUGGAUUUCCCCUCCACAGUCUACAAAGACAUCCCCACCACCACAUCCUCUGCUGGAGUCUCAAUAGUCACAGGCAGCUGGGCAGACAGCGAGUAUGAAGAGCGUUAUGAAAAGAUUGACGAAAUCCAACUGCACAAAGAAAUCUAAAAACAAACAUGUUUCUCCAACUGAGAAAGUUUGCCUUCUGUCUGGGUCAGACAAGCAGGAGAAAAAAAACACCAAAAGAAUAAAAUUGGAAGCCAUAGACAAUCCAAGACUGAGAGAUGUAGCAGAAAAAGUUACCAGCGUACUCCAAAAAUUAUGCACAUCGAAAAAAAAAAACGAAAUUUAAUUCCGACACAGAGCCUGAACUUUGGAAAGACGCAGACAAAACCUUUAGUGGUUUUCUGGGGAAUUUUCAGUACUAUGAGGCCUGUGUAUUAAUCGGCAAAUUAGAAGACGAACAACAGAUUGAUGUAACGGAAUUGUAUAAUGCAAUAUACCAGAAGAUGUGGGAGGCAGUGGACAAUGUCCUUACCGGUGAUCAGAGUCAGAGCGCCAGGCUUCAGACCAUUCCUCAGUGUAUAAAAUGGACAAAAGAGACCCAAAGCAAAAAGGAUGCUGAUUGGGGCCCACAAGGUUGGAUAAAAGAACUGGAGGACCUUUUUGAAAGAGAUAUUAAGGAGACAAUUCCAAAAGUUGCACACGGAAGCCUAGAGGAUCAUUUGAAAGAUCUCAAGCACAAAAUCUCCAAGAUUACCAGUAAAGUGCAAAUAUUUCCUAAGGAACUUGCUUCUACUUACUUGAAAUGUCUGCAUGUCUGCCUCCUGAAUGACCUUACUUCUAUGGCAGAGAGGAAGCUUGGUUAUAAAGAACAAGUAUUAUUGUAUAAAUGGACCGUGGAGGAACAUGGAAAGUUGUGUAAGCACCUACAGGGGUCAGUGGACUUUGAUCACAUGCUAUUUGAGAAGUGGUUUUUCGACAACGGGAAGAGGAUAGAGUUUACUGGACAAGAAGCAAUCCAGAAGGAAUUAAAGGAAAUCCUUCAGAAUGAAAGGAUAUGGAACUCCUAUCCAAGCGUUGAUGUUCAGUGUUAUUUUAGUAACAUCCAAAAGGUGAUGACUAGCAUCUGCGAAGAGGUAAAAGAUAUAAGUGCUACAUUGGUGUCUAGACUGAAUUCUAUAUUCUGGGAGGAAUUCUUCAAGUUUCUGACCAGAUAUGAAGACUUUUUGAAACAAAAAGUUGACAAAGCCGAAGGAAUGACUUCAGGAAAUGGAGUUGAGAUGGGCAUAAGGAUUUUAAAAAACAGUUCCAUUUUAAGGGAUACCCUUCUGGGACUAGGCAACAUGCAGCACGAAUCUGAGAUAAUGAAACUUCUUGAUCAGUGUGAAAACAAAGGCACAGAAAUAGUCCUGAGAAUUCUUAAUCCAAGAAUAAAGAGCGCCUUCAUAAAUUACUUUAAGAAAAACACACUUGACUAUGAAAAUGUUCUCAAAGAGUUUCGGAAUGCAUUACGAAUACAAGGCAUGGAAAAUAACAAGGAAUUCAACACAGUUGUUCAGCACAGAAUUAAAGUUCUAUACAUUCAGUCAUUCUUCAAAAACAAAAGCAAAAAUAAAGUAGAAGCAUUUGUACAAGGAAGCGUAAAACUGAAGGAGUUCUUCACUGAGUUGGUUUCAGAUGAAGACCAGCUGGGUGUAGAUCCCCUGGAAUACAUGAGGCAAAUGCUGACCGCCACUGACUUUGAAUCACUGCAAACAACAACUUUCUGCUUUCUCGAUGAACACAAAGACCUAAGGAAAGAACACCUGAUGGCCAUCUUGAAAAUUAAAGGCGGCAUCAAACAUGAAGAAAAAAUAAAGCUUUUAUAUUAUGUAAAAAACAGGAAGAUUCUUUUUUGUGAAAACAGGCUGAAUUUUUUUGAGGAUGUAAACACAGAAGGUAUUCAUUUAAAGUAUUUACUGUGCUGCCAAUGCUGCUGUGCAUAGGAGGACACACAAUAUAUUUGUACAUAUGUUUUAUAGUCCGUUGAAUGGCUUUCUAUGGCUCGGAUCACACCAUUGCGAAUUGUGUACCCUAAAUUCAAUUCGCAAUAGCAGGAGAUUUUGACAUAUCUUCGCAACCAGUCCGUUUUGCGUCUUUUGGUCCAUUUCGGUUCCAAAUUCAGACCAAAAUUUGGGCUGAAAUCAGACCUCAAACGGUGAACCAGAAUGCACCGGACCCCUGCUGUGAGCCACAUGCGGCUCAUGUGUGAACCCAGCCUUAGACAUUUUGAGUCAUGAUAAGAAUACUACUAAAAGUGUUUCUGAUUUUUUUUUAUAUUUUUUAAUAAAAUAUUUUAUAAUUUGA